GCAGAGAAGUUCUCUGCCUUCAGUUGUCGCGUAUUUGUAAGUAAUAACGGUAGUUGUUUAUCAUCUGUUCAGCGCAUUUUGGGGCAUCUGUGUAUAUUUUAGCAUUAUAUGAUUAAUACAAACUCGUAUGGCUUUGGAAAUAUAAGUUAGUGCAAAUGCAAAUAAGGUGUAAGAUCAAUUGCAAGUGUACCUCACAACAACAGCGCUUCCAUAAGAAACACCACACGAUUAGACCUUGAAAUAUAGCAAGUGGAUGUGGUACACACAAACAUAUGUUUGGCUACUAAAUAAGCAACUUGCAAUCAUAUAAGUCUUUCUAGUAUUUACUUACUAGUUUCCGCUUAAAAGUCAAUAUUUGUGUGCCAACAACAAAGUGUAGCAAUGAGGUCUACGUGUUGCUUUUCGUGCGAAACUAUAGUGUUUCUACUGACGUUAGUGGGACUUUCCUUAUUAGCAUCAGCUAGUGUCAUACCUGCUGCAUUUCUUGGUGUGCCUGAUAAACUUGAAAAUGGGCUCUACAAUUCCAGUGAUAAGGUAACAAUUCUCACUGUAAAUAACUUCAAUGAUACAGUGCUGCGUCAAAAUCGUUCAUUGCUGGUGGAAUUUUACAACACAUUCUGCGGUCACUGUCAGCGUUAUGCUCCACAGUACAAAGCAUUGGCAGAGCGUUUGCAUCCGUGGCGUGAAACAUUACUGGUGGCAGCUAUAGACUGCAAUGCAUUCGAAAAUACGGGAAUUUGUCGAGACUACGAAAUAUUUGGUUAUCCAACAGUACGCUACUUUUCACCGGGAUAUAUGUGCAAAGCAGGGAACUAUGGACAAAAUAUCAACCCACAUACGGAAAUAAACGAGUUUACAGCAAAUAUGGCACAACGUUUGGCCGCAGAAAAUGACACGGAUAGCUUGCCAAAUUUCCCCAAUCUACAUAGUCUCACAGAAAAUGAAAGCAAAACACUCUUUAAUGGCUUGGAUAGUAAUAAGAAAUUUGUGAUAUUAGUUUACGAGCCAGAGAAUACCACUGUGGGUUUAGAGAGUAUAUUACACUUCCACUUAUGGCCUGAUGUGCAAGUACGGCGUAUACACGAUAUGCAUUUAGCUAAAAAUUUCCAAAUUGAUGGCGUACGCUAUAAGAUUGCGACUGUAGAUAGAGAAGGCAAUGUUGUGCCAUAUGGUGUCACGGAAGAUACGCCCCAAGCGCACAUAGCUACAAUUAAAAGUUUUCUAGAAGCACAACAUUUUAAACCGCGCUCAGAAAAACCAACCAAAGCCGUAGCAACACUUACACGGCAACAUGGCGAUGAUGAGGCUGGACGAUCAGUUAUUAUUUCCGAAGUACUACGUAACAAGCAUUUCGUUUAUCAGGCUGAUCUGGAAAUGGCCUUACGUCAAAUGCUACUCAACGAGAUACCAAAAGUACACGACAUACGCGGCGAACAAUUAUUGGCAUUGCAACGCAUUUUCGGUGUCUUGCUGCGCUAUAAUCCACUUGGUCCACAAGGCAAUUUAGUCAUACGCCGUUUACAUGAAUUUGUUGUUAAGACCAAUGAAUCGCUGAGCGGCGCCGAUUUCCAAGCGGAAUUCGAACAUUUGAAUAAGACAUUUGGUCCGAUAUUCUCCUCGAAUCAUUUUGUUGGCUGUGUCACCUCGCAGCACAACAAACGCGGCUACACUUGUUCGCUGUGGACACUCUUCCACCAUCUGACAGUGCAGGCCGCACGCUUAGAAGUCAGCAAUGAUCCGUUAGAAGUACUAACGGCCAUACAUGGUUAUGUGAAAUUCUUUUUCGGCUGCACACAUUGCUCGGAACACUUUCAGGCUAUGGCAACACGUCGAAAAAUCUGGAAUGUGCCCAACAAAGACGAGGCCAUACUCUGGCUAUGGGCCGCACACAACGAAGUAAACAAUCGACUAGCAGGCGAUGAGACAGAGGAUCCCAAAUUCCCGAAAAUACAAUUCCCUAGCGAGUCGAGUUGUCCGCAGUGCCAUAAAUCCGAUCCGGCCUUCUCGUCGAGCAAGUCGACCAUCAAUUGGGACAAAGACGCCGUACUGAGCUUCCUUAAAAACAUACACAAUCCUGGGUAUGUGAGUCGUUACGGUGUGGAAAACGAAGCAGUGCUGCAGCCGUCACUGGAUAAGUUGCGCCAGAAACGCAUGAUCAGCAAUGUCUUCUCCGAAAUGGACAUGCGCAUGGGCAUGUUGUUGUAUGGCUUCUGCAUUGUCAUGAUGGUGCUGGCGUUUAAGCUCUUCGCCUUGAAGAGCUAUCGCAAAAAGCCAUAUAUGCACGACAUGCUCGGCAAAGUGUAAGUGAGCGGCGAACGGAAUGCUCGAAUUGAAAUGAAAAAAAUGCAUAUGCGCACGCAUAUAAUACAGUUGACAAUGUUUCACUAAUUUGUGGAAUGUAUUUAUACAGUGUUGCGGCGAAAAGUGUAAAUUUUUUUGUUUUAUUUAAUUUUUUUUUUUUUUUUAUUUCGAUGCAUUCUACGUGGUGAAAAAGACAUGCUAACUCAAGUGCAAUUCCAUUUAUGGCGUAAUAUUAAUUAAUUCGUAGCGUGUGCGUAUAUGUUGUAUUUGUGAUGACACGAUUUUUAACAUUUUACAAUAAAUUUUAAGUAACUGAAAUUAUUUUAAACGCAAAAUUCCAACAAAAACAAAAUUGUUUGUAUUUAUAUAAGUUUAUUACAUUGUUGAAUUAUAUGUCGUCUCAAAAAGUUAAAUAAUUCCAUUGCAUAUGUAAACAAGUUAUACAUUCAGACGUUUAUACUAAAUUUAAUGAAUAGUCUUUUGUAUAUGCAAUAUUAUAUAUAUUUAAGCGAAAACGUUGUAACGAGCCCACAGAAUUACAUACAAACACCACUACAUUUAUUAUAUAAGCGUAUGCAGUCCAGAUUUGAUUACUUUUUAUACUCCGUACUACCAGAAAAGCUUGCAACGAAAUGUCUCCAAGGAUCUUAAGUGCAUUUGCAUUUACAAAAACAAAAAUAUAAAUAAAUUUGUAUUUAGUAAAUAUAUGCGACUGCAUAAUAACAAAAAAUAAAUGUGCGUGUAUUCUCCUUCUACACUGGGUCCCACAAUAUUUAAUAAGUUUGUAUAUACAUAUAUAAUAUAAUUACGGUCUAGCAUAUAGUCACGAGCAGCUGAUAAUUUUUUAUUGUGAUGUGCAUCGAUCCUUACGUUUAAAUAUAUAUUUGUAAAUAAAUAGCAUAAAAAGAUCA